AUGACAACUAACGGUGAAUACGAAAAUGAACCUCAGCCGCGCUUAUGUCAUCUUCGACGAUGGCCGAACUUUGUUGGCUAUGGAUUCAAUUUGCAUUGUGAAAAGUCGAAGCCAGGUCAGUAUAUUGGCAAAGUCGAUCCAAACUCUCCAGCUGAAUCGGCUGGCUUGAAGGAAUAUGACCGAAUUGUUGAAGUGAACUUUGUUCCAAUCGGAAAUGAAAAUCAUAAACAAGUUGUGGCAAGAAUCAAAGAAGGUGUUUCAAGAAAUGGUACAAAAUAUCCAGAAGAAGUUAUUCUACUUGUGCUUGAUCCUGACGCUGAUGCUUAUUACAAAAACAAAUCUAUCGUUGUUCGAAGUUCUGAUUCCAAUGUUCUAAAAUAUGAAACCGAAAUACGCGAUGGAAAAGAAAACGGCAAUCAUUCACCUCAAACCUCUGAAAGAAGUAUUGAAAAGAUUGAUUCACCUGUUAUUCGUGAGAUACCAAUACGAACAACAACUGAACACACGCGUGAAUACAAGCAUGUUACUGAUUUUACCGGUCCAACAGUUACACAUACAACAAAAGUUGAUAGUUCGCCGACGAUAUCUCGUACAUCUGAUCAUGAAAACUAUCUUCGAUCAUCUCCGCCAUUAAUUGAUAAAGAGAAACGGAGAGAAUUCACAUCUGUUGGCAAUUCAUCUCCGGCGAAAGAUUCGUGUCAUAGUCCAUCUCAAUCAUCGUCAACCAACGGUUCUGACGCUCCACUUGAAUUGAAAAUGUCUGCUGCGGAAUAUCGAGAAAAAUUAAAAGCACAACAAGCUCGUAAACGAGACUCACGUCACGAUCAACAAAUGUCUAUGAAACAAAAACAUGAUCUAAUCGAUCGUUUAUAG